GUAUCGCAUGGGGUGGGUCAGUGGACUUUGACCAUUCAUCAGUGGACUGCAGUCGAAUCCUCACCUACAAUGGCAGAUCUCCAGGCUAAGUUUGAUGAAGCAGCUGCUGAGGUGAAGCAGCUGAAGGCCAAGCCUGCAGAUGAAGAGAUGCUGCAGGUGUACUCCAUGUUCAAGCAGGCCACCGUGGGGGACGUCAACACAGCUCGCCCAGGGAUGUUUGAUUUCACUGGUAAGGCUAAGUGGGACGCCUGGGAGAAGCAAAAAGGCAAGAGCAAAGAGGACGCCAUGACCGAGUACAUCGACGUGGUGAAGCAGCUGAAGGAGAAGUACGGGGUGUGACCUCACCGGACUGAGAGACCUUUCCUCAGGCCUUAAACCCCAACGCGUGUGUCCUUAGACCUGUGAGUGUCUGGUGGUCCAGGUGGGAUCACAUGGGCCUGAUAACCACGAUGCUCGAUCAUGACCUGGCCUCCACGAGAGGACCGUCUUUUUUUAAUGAAUGAAUAUCUGCACAGAAUCCUGUCAUUUCAAUUUAAAAUUGUGCUACUCUAA